AUGGACGCAGGCCCUGACUCGACAAAUCCUGUCCUCUUCUCGUCAGAGGACAGAGAGACAAUAUACCUCCUCACAUCGCUCACUGCCGGAAGUUCCACCAUCAUCACCGCGACAAGCAGAUUAGAGCAUCUACUAAAAAGCAACAAAGUCCCCUUCAAAGCCGUAGAUCUGGCGACAGACGAUAAGGCAAGAAGUCUAUGGAGUCGACGAGGUGGGGGCAAAAGACUACCCGGGAUUGUAAAAGAUGGACUGGUUCUAGGGAACUACGAGGACUGCGAGGAAUGGAACGAGUACGGGGAGCUCAAGCAGAACCUUGGGAUCAAGCCCAAGAAGAAGAAGAAGAAGGCUACUGAAGACCCUGCCUCUCCAACUGCUAAACGUGUAACCGACCUCUCCGGAACCCCGUCUUCUGCGAUACCUAUGACCACUUCUUCGCCCAACAUCGUGCCCGAGGAGCCAAUACCCGUCAUUGGCAAUGUACAGGCUGCUGCUCUUGCUACAGCGGCGGCUGCCGCAGUCAAGAAUUUGAAGAAGACAGGAAGUAUCAAGAGCGUUACUAGUAAGAAGGAGGGGGGUGAGAGACCUGUUACUCCGAUUGCUGCUGUGAUAGGGGCUAAGGAUGUCAAGGAGGAGGUGAUUUUUGAAGCUCCUACUACUGAGACCCAUGCCGCUCCCGAGGAAUUGGAGGAACAGAAACUGGGAAAUAGUAGUGAAGAGAAGGCUGAUGAUAAGACUGAGGAUAAUACCGAGGAAAAAAUCGGAGGCAAAACAGAAGAGGGUGUGGAAGCAAGGGUUGAAGAGACUGAAGAGAAGGCUGAAUACAAAGCCGACGAUAACAUUGUAGCAAAGGUCGAAGAGCAAAUCGAAGAGAAAGCUGAAGACAAAGCCGAAGUUAUAGUCGAUAAAAUUGAAUUAGCAGAAGAGAAAAAAGAACAGUCAACACCUGAAACCCCAGCAGUCACUACUAUCACUCCCGAAAAGAGUGAGGAGCCCGAAGAGGAAAUCGAAGACAGCUUAGAGAUCGCAGUCCUCGCUGCAGCUACCGCUGCAGCCCUCGAAAGGGUUGAGAGAGAAGAGAAUAUCGAGGAGGAGGAGGAGCACCCCAUCGUUGAAGCCAAUGUUAAGACUACCGCAGUUGCGGCCAUAGACCCUGCCGAGGAGGAACCAGUUGUUGCCACUGCCGUUGCAGUCGAAGUGCUCGAGCAAGGCGAGGUUGAGGAGGUGGAGGUGGUUGAGAAAAGGGAAGAUGAUGAUAGAAAGAACGAUGAGAAGACAGACUGUCAAAAGCAGCAUGCUGAGAUAGAAGGUGAUGAGAAGGAUGAGGUCAAGGAGGACAAGCAGCAGCAGGUUGUGGGAAAGAAGGAGGCGGUAAAAUCCGAAGUCUCAAAUACUGAUGCCGUCUCUCCAGGUUCUGAAGGGGCAGAAGAAAAGAAAGUUGAUCAGGCAGUGAACGAAGAUGACGAUAUGCUAGCCGCUGUACUUGGCGUCACCACUGCCACAACUGUCACUAAAAUUGACAAAGAAGAAAUCAAGAAGACCCAUGAAGACGUCGUAGAGGAAAAGAAUGAUAUCGAGAAGGCAGAUGAGAAGCCUAUAGAGAAUACAGUGGAGAAACCAGUCGAGAAUGCAGCUGAGAAGGCAGUCGAGAAGCCAGAGGUAGAAUGCGUGGCCGAGGAACAGAAGGAGGAGAAAGCUACGGAGAAACCUAGCAAAGCAGCAGAGGAUAUCAAAGAAAAGAAGGAGGAAAAGGUUGAAGAGACCGGAGGAGCUAUAAUAACAAUUGUUAACAAAGUUGAGAAGAAGGAAAUACCUUUACCUACCGUUACGAUUGAGAAGGCAGAUGAUAAGAGCGCCGACGCAGAAAAGGAGCGCAAGGUAAUAUUUGAGGAGGCUCAAAGAAAAUUGGAAGGAGGAUCCAGCAAAGUAGACGAGAAAUCCGAAAAUGAGAAAGAAGAUGAGGAUGGCAAAGCAAACAAAAAUCGACUGUUCACAUGGUUCAAAGUGCGUCUUUCUUUCAAGAAGUCAACCGGUAACCUUAAAGAUCCCAACGAACGUGAUCGUCGCGCCGAUUUGAGAAAAUCAAGGUCAACAGAUGAGCUGAGAAAAUCAACAUAUGCUUUGUUUAAAUCAAAAUCUACCGACAAAGCUUUGCAAAUGCACUUAGAAAAGUCCACCCCAGAUGCUUCUGCAGUUCCAGCCAUUCCGGCCAUUCCGGCCAUUCCGGCUAUAACCAAUACAUCACCUGCUGCACCCGCUGCUGCGCCAGCUGCAGCUACAACCACUUCUCCCAGCCCCAAAGCUUCAUGA